UCUGGAUACACCUUCUUUUGGGGUGGCUGGGGUAGUGAAGAACGUCGUCAGGCUGGUGUUGGUUUUGCUGUCAAAUCUUCACUGAAUGGCAUGAUGGCUGGAUGGCUUCACUACCAAGGAGAGUCAGCGAUGAGAUCAUGGGAAAGAAGGAGAGAUAAAUCAGUAAAAAAAACAAACAACAGCCUCACCAUCAUCAGCUACAGUGCCCCCCCCCCAACAAUGACCAACACAGAUGAAGUA